CGCGCCUUAAAAUUCGUUUUUGUUGCGGUCACUUGAAACACGUUCUCUAUCUCUCUCGAGCUGAGUGGAUGUUCUUACAAAACUCAAAUGUGACUGGGAAUCAAAGUUAGUAUAAGUCGAAACGAAGCCGAAGACACAGUGGUGAAAUCUUCUUUGAGUCAGUGGACAUCUUUGGAAGACAAGCUAAUUCUCAUUUAAAUUUUAUUUGGACGUGCCGCACUUUCGCUGCAAGUGAAACAAUUGACGUAUAUUUUACCUAGGUAUUGAUUGAAGACAACGGCAGUACGUGCUCAUAGCUCAAUUGACAAUGGCCGUAGGCAAUGUGAUCAUUUGCACUGGUUUCCAGUUGCUCGUUACGUUAACACUCGUGAAUGCACAUGGACGAUUGAUGCAACCUCCGGCACGUAACGCUAUGUGGAGAUAUGGAUAUCCGAACCCAGUAAAUUAUAAUGACAACGAACUGUACUGUGGUGGCUAUGCAGUUCAAUGGGAACAAAACGGUGGUAAAUGUGGAGUGUGUGGGGAUGCAUAUCACUUGGAGAGUCCUCGUCCGCACGAAGCCGGUGGACAAUAUGCAAAGGGGAUAGUUUCAAAGUUUUACGCCGCUGGACAGACGAUUGAUGUUGAAGUGGAACUGACGGCAAAUCACCUAGGCUACUUUGAAAUUUCACUAUGCCCCAAUAAUAAUCCGCAUGUUGAAGCAGAUCAAGACUGUUUCGAUGAGUAUCCCUUGAAAGUUGAAGACGCCGAAGAUAACAAAUAUUAUGUACUUGAUGGCACCAAAAAGGGUAUAUUUAAAUAUCGGAUUGAGUUACCACCGUUCGUAACAUGCACACAAUGUAUUCUCCAAUGGACUUAUUACACGGGAAAUAUGUUUGGAACAUGCGCCAACGGAACAGAAGCUCUUGGAUGUGGACGACCAGAGAUUUUCCGGAACUGUGCCGACGUUGCAAUUACAUCUAAUACUGGAGGUAUUCCACCCCUCUUCAUCGGAAAGUAUAAUCCAUUCUUGUUAUACUACAGAGAUUACCGCGCACCAGAAGAUGAAAAUGUUUUCCCACUAAUUGUCCGCGACCAAGUGUGUAUUGCAUCGCAAUCCUAUCGUAUUUUGCCGGGCAUGAGAGAAUGGUGUGAAACAAACUGUAUGCGAUAUCCACCAAAUUGUCCUGAAUCAGUUUGUCAUUGCCCUUCAACAUGCGAAGCUAUUGGGAAAAUUGCUGGAAAGGAAGGAGCCGAUGUGUAUUGCCAAGACGCUUGUAUUAAACACAAUGCCGAUUGUCCAGCUGAUAAAUGCAGGUGUUACUAAACCAAAUGAAAUCGAACGUUUAAACUUAGUAAUUGCGCAAUUUGUAUGUUGUUAAGAUGUAUCAAAGAGAUGUUUCCGUUGAAAAAAAAUCAAAAAUUACUCAAUAGAAGUGAUUCAAGAAUAAAUUUCGCCAUAAAGUAGACAAUAUUUCUUAAAAAAUAAAAAUAUACUCAAUAUUGUGAAUGUGACUUGAUGUGACUCAAAAGGCUUGAGUGGAACAAUGAGUCGUAUUUCGUCGAAUCGAAUCAAAUGACGAUAUAUAAGACGUGCCUUUUCAAUUAAAUUAAGAAGAUGACCUCAUAUGCUAUAUAUUAAGUAUUAAGUUGAUUUCCUUUACUUACGUAGGAUAUGCACCUUGUUAAAUGCAUCACUUUCAAAUAAAUCAAUGGGAAAAGAAACCAGAACGAAAAGACCAUUGGUUAUGCUUGAGAAAAAAAAGAAAUGUAAACAUUUAUUCGAACUCUCGUAAUGGAAAAGGAAAAAAAGAUGUUUCAAUUAAACUUAAUAAUAACAUUUUAGGCAUUUUUUUUACAACGAAAAUAGAAAAUAUAUAUAUAAUAAGUAAAAUAAAAAAAACUUGUUGCGAAAUAUAGAAAAACAAAUAAAGAAGCUAAAUCAAA